AUGAAGACCGUUGCUUUCACCCUUUCCAUGCUUGCCGCUUCGGCCGCUGCAUUCCAGACCGUUCAACCAGCCAAGUCCAGCACUGCUUUGUUGAAUUCCAAGUUCGACGGAACUUUCGGAACUGGUCCCGAGACUGGAAACAAGGUCCCUCCAUACGGUGCCUGGAUCUUCGACAAUAUCGGAGAAAGGGGAAUCAAAUGGUUCCAGACUGCUGAAAUCAAGAACGGACGUGUUGCCAUGGUCGCCACCAUUGGUUACAUGAUCCAAAAGUGGGGAAUCCACUUCCCUCUCUACCUUGGACCCAGUGGAUCCAACGGAUUCAGCCCUGAAUCCUCCGAUUCCUGGUACCUGUCCGCAUCCGAAGGAAUCACCUUCAGUGAUGUUGCCCACGCUGCCACUCCUUUGGAUGCCAUUGGUAUGAUCCCCCUUUUCGGUUUCUACCAAAUCCUGUUCGUCGCUGGAUGGUUCGAACUCCUUGCCGCUGGACGUCAAGAAUCCGACAUUCCAGGAAACUUUGGAUACGAUCCUCUUGGAUUCACCAAGCGUCCAGGUGGCUUCGAUAGCGCCGAAAUCACCAGCCUUCGUAUGAAGGAGAUCAAAAACGGACGUCUGGCAAUGAUGACAAUGACUGCAUGGGUUACUGAGGAUCUUGUCCCUGGAUCUUUCCCUCUUCCCCACCCCUAA